GGACGGCCCCUCACUGCUCCCAUGGUGCUCGUUGCCCAGAGCGAGCCGACCCUAUGGCGAGAGUUGGCCCUGCCCCUCCCAGGUGCGACCCGGUGACCCCAGGGGCCGAGAGCCGGGGCUGCUGUCGCGAGCAGCGCCUGCUGCUGCUCAUGCUGACAACGGCCUGCGUGGUGAACCUGGCCGUGACCGGUGUCGGCGUCGCCUACCUCCGCCUGCACUUCGGACGGGAGCAGGUUCCCCAGUCGGACUCCCCGUCCCACGGCCUGAGGGCACUGCUGCUGCCGCGGCGGGAAGCGGCUUCGGGGGGCAGCCCUGGGAAGAGGCCAGCCAGGCUCCGGCGCCAGCCCGCCACGCUGGCCACCCUGCGCCCCAAGCUCUUCCACAGGCCCCGAGGAUACGGCUGGCUCUGAGGGCCGGCAGGCAGCAAUAAACCCCGCGGGGUAGAUAAGAAAGUC